UGGAGGCUUGGUUGGUGCUCACAAGCAAUAAUUAACUGCUGAGUGGCCUUCGCCCAAUCCCAGGCUCCACUCCUGGGCUCCAUUCCCACUCCCUGCCCCACUGCCCGUCUCCUAGGCCACUAAACCACAGCUGUUCCCUGGAAUAAGGCAAGGGGGAGUGCAGAGCAGAGCAGAAGCCUGAGCCAGACGAAGAGCCACCUUCUCUCCCAGGGACAGACAUGGCUCAGCGGAUGACAACACAGCUGCUGCUCCUCCUAGUGUGGGUGGCUGUAGUAGGGGAGGCUCAGACAAGGACUGCACGGGCCAGGACUGAGCUUCUCAAUGUCUGCAUGAACGCCAAGCACCACAAGGAAAAGCCAGGCCCAGAGGACAAGUUGCAUGAGCAGUGUCGUCCCUGGAAGAAGAAUGCCUGCUGUUCUACCAACACCAGCCAGGAAGCCCAUAAGGAUGUUUCCUACCUAUAUAGAUUCAACUGGAACCACUGUGGAGAGAUGGCACCUGCCUGCAAACGGCAUUUCAUCCAGGACACCUGCCUCUACGAGUGCUCCCCCAACUUGGGGCCCUGGAUCCAGCAGGUGGAUCAGAGCUGGCGCAAAGAGCGGGUGCUGAACGUGCCGCUGUGCAAAGAGGACUGUGAGCAAUGGUGGGAAGAUUGUCGCACCUCCUACACCUGCAAGAGCAACUGGCACAAAGGCUGGAACUGGACCUCAGGGUUUAACAAGUGCCCAGUGGGAGCUGCCUGCCAACCUUUCCAUUUCUACUUCCCCACACCCACUGUUCUGUGCAAUGAAAUCUGGACUGACUCCUACAAGGUCAGCAACUACAGCCGAGGGAGUGGCCGCUGCAUCCAGAUGUGGUUCGACCCAGCCCAGGGCAACCCCAAUGAGGAAGUGGCGAGGUUCUAUGCUGCAGCCAUGAGUGGGGCUGGGCCCUGGGCAGCCUGCCCUCUCCUACUUAGCCUGGCCCUAACGCCGCUUUGGCUGCUAAGCUGACCUCCUUUUACCUUCUGAUACCUGGAAAUCUCUGCCCUGUUUAGCCCCAUAGCUCCCAACUAUUUGGUUCCUGCUCCAUGGUUGAGCCUCUGACAGCCACUUUGAAUAAACCGGACACCGCACAUGUGUCUUGAGAAUUAUUUGG